AAUAAAUUGACGACGUCAUAAAUAGACGACGACGGGUGUUUUUAUUAUGUCUCUAUGGAAUUUUGCUCAAUUUGCACAUUAAUUUCACAAAUUUUUAUUCGAUUCAAGUUGUAGUCACGUAUUUCUAGUCAAAAAGAUUCAAAAUAAUCAAUCAAAAGAGCGUCGAAUCAAAGAAAUCGAUAAGAGAAAAAUGAUAAAUGCUGAAAAAAAUAUAAGUGAUGCGGUUCCGGUGUUUGUACCGCCACGAAAGCGUCAGACAUCGAAAAAGCAAAACGGUGUGCAAAAUUAUGUGGAUCAUAUUGUGUGUGUGCAGACAAAUGACCGUAAAUAUCCGAUCUCAUCAAGCCUGGAAGAUUUACUAUCGAAAACGAAUCAAGCUGGUGAGCGAAAACAAUUGGCCAAUUUCAUGAAAGCGGCCAGUAAAACUUCGAUUGAUUGUAAUCCAAAGAAAUCAUCCAACCAUGAUAUACAUUUGUCGAUUGAAGAUGUUAUAAAAACGCAAUCAAUGUGCCGCAAAUCGCCAUCGGUGCGAACUGAAAGUCUUAAGACGGCUGCACCGACAAGCCGUUCCGAAGAUAAUUUGGACAUAAUUCGAACACCAAAUGAUACGGCACGAUCUAAGAAGCGUGUGAACAUACUCACUGCAGUCGAUCAUCCAUCAUCGAAGCAAAAACUAUGCAGCUCAACGAUAAGCAUUGAAAAUGAACACGGCGAAUCAAUGGAGGACUCAAAUGAAGUGAAUUUAUUGAAUUCGAAGAAUAGUUCAUUGGCACGUACCCGCUCUCCCGACAACUAUCUCACCAUGACCGGAACAAUAAAACGUGGCAAAAAGAAAGGCCAAUGCUUGGAUGUGCAAUUAAACAUAUCGCGCGAUGAGUUGGAGAAAAUCAAUUCAACGGCUUUAAAGAUGCAACAAGCAAAUGAUAAAGAUGCAAAGAAAUCAUGUUGUUCAUUGACGUCGGGAGUGCAUAUUUUAAUACUCUCCUUGCUAUCAUUGCCAUUUGUGAUCGUCAUCACCUCGAUAUAUGCAUUUUACAUCGGCACUAUCACUUGGUACAAUAUGUUCAAUUUUUUCAACGAGGAAAAAUCGUAUUUGCAUAAACUGGUGAUGUCACCACUGCUUGUGAUUGCAUAUCCAAUUGGAAUUGUGUUAUGCACCAUUGGGCUGGCAAUUUAUUCGGGUAUCGUUCAAAUCAGCACUAAAUUCGGUAAAUGGUCAAAUGAAAUUGCUGACAUUGAAAAGGGUUUCUACGGAUGGCUAUGCAAUUUUCUUCAUUUGUCUGAUUGUAGCCCAUACGAAGUGGUCAUACUCACCGAACUGAAGGCAACCGACGAAACGGUGCCACCAAACUCAUCAACCGAAGAACUUUCAAUCUAAAACCAUAAACAGUUUAUUCGUCAUAAACACAUGUGUAUUUCAAUCAAACAUUCUGAAGGACUGAACAACAAUGACUAAAUGAUAGUUUUUAGAUCCAACGUACUGCUUAUUUAUAUAAAAAAAAACCAAACAAGAAGACGUAUUAUUCAGAUGUAAGGUAUUGCAACUAGUCAGGAUUAUUUGCUUUUAGCUUUUUGUAAUUUUAUACCAAAUACUCGUUUUGUAUUUAUUUGACUCUUUUUUUUGGGGAUAUUGUAUCAAUUUUU